AUGAAUGUCCAGGACUAUUAUACAGAUAGUGAUGACGAUUCGGAGUAUGAGUUAAGUGAUAAUUCGGAUAUGAGUGACUCUGACGAAACAUAUUCGGAGACCGAUGACGAUGAACUUGUCGAAAACGUGACCAUGGACGAAUGGCAAGUUUUAAGUGAUCCUUUUUCCGAUCAGGUUCCUAGAGCUACGCAAAAUUUUUCUUCUGAAUAUACUUUUCACCCCGCCAUUGAUAUGGAAGAGUGCAGAGAUCCAGUCAAUUGUUUCGAAUGUUUUUUAAGCCCAAAUAUCGUAGCGAAAUUAAGUGAGUGGACGAACAGAAGAGCUGAAAUGUACUUUGAACAAUAA